GCCCAGCCAGGUUUUCGUUGCCGAUUGGGCGCGGCGGCGGCGGGCUGGCUCGGGCCGGGUCCCCCAGGCUAACGGCGGGCAGCGCCUCCAAGCUCCGGGGCCACCGCCCGCCCGCACAGCCCACUUUCCUCCCCGCGCCGGCCUUCCCCGGCGCCCGCCCGCCUGGGUCCCCGGCCGCGCGGCGCGUGGGGCGGGGCGCAUCCCCGGCCUGCAGGUCAGCGGAGGGGUCGCGGAGCGGAGCAGCGGGACCAAAGUGACCAGAUGAAAAAGUAAAGAAAGGACUUCAAGACAAGUGAAGAUGCUUUUGAACUACAGGGCCCCAGCCACUGGCUCACUUCUUUGGUGUCUUCUAGUGUACAUGAGCCUAAUGUCUGCUACUUCACAUCCUCUCGAUGGUUUUUCAGAGGAAUCUUGCACUUUGAAAAUGACAGUACAAAACUUUCGGCUCGUUUUAUCAUGGGAAUUAAAAAACGCCUCCAUUGUACCAACUCACUAUACAUUACAAUACACAGUCAUGAGUAAACCGGAAGACUUGAAGCCCAUUGGGAACUGUACAAACAUCACGAGCUCAUUUUGCGACCUCACAGACGUGUGGGAAGAGAUGCACGAGACCUACAUCCCCUUGGUGAAGGGGUUCCGCGGGAACGAGACGCUGCUGCGCUGUGUGGGUAGCGUGCUGGCCUCCAACGUGUCUUUUGAGCCACCGGAGUUUGGCAUUGUCGGCUUUACAGACCACAUUAACGUGACAGUGACAUUUCCACGUGUUGUUCCCAAGAUUUUUGGGAAAGAUAUUUCCUAUCACUUGUUGCUCGCCAUUGAGGAACACUCUGAGGAGAUGGUGAAGAUGCACAAGCCCCAAAUAAAUGGAGGCAUCAGUGGAAAUUUCAGCUAUGUCAUCGACAAUUUAAUUCCAAACACAAACUACUGCGUAUCUGUUUAUUUUGAGCCUAAAGGUCUGGGAAAAGAAAUAAUAUCUCCUUUAAAGUGCACCUUCCUUCAACCUGGCCAGGAAUCAGGGCCAUCAGAGUCUGCCAAAGUAAGCAUACUGAUUACCGGGGUCUUGGUAGCAGCGGUCUCUGUGAUCACCAUCAUGAUGUUGAAACGAGUUGGUUAUAUCUGCUUAAAAAAUAAACUUCCCAAAGUCUUGAAUUUCCAUCACUUUUUUGCCCUGGUAUUCUCUGAACUGCCACCAUUGGAAGCAGUGGAUACAGUGGAGGUCAUCUCCAUCCACAGAAAGAAGAAGGUGUGGGAUUAUAAUUACGAUGAGGACAGUGACAGCGACACUGAAGUGGCUCCGAAGGCAAAUGCGGUUGGCUAUACCACACAUGGACUCACAGGCCUCCUUCGGAACCUGGCCCCAGCCUCCCCCACCCCUUCCCAGGAGUCCCAGCUCCAAGACCCGGAUGCUGAAGAAUCUGAUGAGGCUGAAGAGGAGGCAGCUGAGGCUAGAGCUGAGCCCGACCCCCCCACAAUGCCAGAACCCCAACCUUGGCAGCCAGGAGACUCAAGUGAGCCCUAUGAGAGGAGAGAGAGUCUGCUCCAGGACCCCUUUCUUGAGGAUAGUAGCAGCUCCCCUGGGGGGUCUGGAGACAGAAUCAUCUUCAAUGUGGAUUUGAACUCUGUAUUCUUGAGAGUCGUCAACAAAGAUGCAGAUGAAGCCAGUCUGGCGUCGUCUCUGUCAGAAGAGAUGGUGGACCUAGAAGAGGAAGCUGAUGGAGGACAGUCCAGUGUGCUGGGAGCCAGUGGGGAAAGGACGCAGCCCGCUCACCCCAGCCCCACUUCCCAGUGCCCGCGGACAGAAGAUGCUCUGUCAGAGCAAAGUGACACGGACUCAGACAUCCAGGAUGGCUACAUAAUGAGGUGACUCUCAGAGCAGCUCCCAGAUAUAAACUGAGAGCAACCUCUGGGGUAUUCAUGCCUGCACCGUGUUUACCUGGGUGUGCCAGUGUCUGCAAGGGAAGGAAGCAGCAACUGCAGAACCCACCCUGGUCUUGCAGGCAACCUCAUCUGUGCGACCUCCGUUAUUUAUAGCCAUCAUUGUACUGUUCAGAGUGAUGUUUACAAGUUCAGAGAGGUGUGCUCCGGGCGGACCAUGCUCUGCCAUGUUUGCCCUAACACAUUUCACUUUGCAUGCAUCCAUAUCGUGUUCCCCAAAGGACCAGGUCCACUGUGGUUUUCAGGAGGUGGUAGGGGCCCCCUGGACUCUAUGAUAUUUCUGGGGAGAUAAUUCAAUUGGGACAAGUGCCCCUGGCUCACAACAGUAAUCCCAGGAAACCAAAGUCUGAGGACCACGAUUCAAACUAGCCCCUCUGUGAGGCUCUUAUCUCCAGUUAACCACUAAAAAGAUGGGAGUGGG